GCGUUGCAAUGCGGAACACAUUUUACAGCAUAUAUUAGGUAUCAAAGAGCCUCCUCGAGGCCAUUGGUGGCUUCUCCAAUUUCACAACGGCUUCGGAGCUCUGAAUGGUCCAUCUGAAUUUAUAACACAAGCUCCCGGACUUAGAGAAGACUGGCAACAUACAGACUUCGUAACUUGGAUUCGCCAUGUUCUCACCUCUGUGUUUGACUGUGUUGCUUGCAACGGCAUGGGCCACCCGUCCUACGGGGCCGUUGUAUAGUUUCUCUCCAGCAGUAGGCCAUGGCGCUGGUGUCGGCUAUGUGCUACAGGGAGACGAACGCAUUACUGCCAUCAGGGUCUGGGAAAACUUCAACAGUUACAUCACUGGGCUCCAGGUUCGGUACGGCCAAACCUGGAGCAGUCUGGUCGGUCGGAGACUUGGCAGUAUGCAGACCAUACAGCUUUUUGAGGGAGAGGCCAUCAUUCAGUUGUCUGGAAAGUUCCACUCAAGCAACUACAUUUACCAGGUGAACUUUGUGACCAGCAGAGGACGUUCCUUCACGGUGGGCCAGCCCUUGGGCUUUUCCUUUAACCUCUAUCCAAAUUACCCAAAGUCUGAGCUCCGAUUCCUCAGUGGACGCAAGAACAGCAACGGCAUCACUUCCAUUGCCGCACAUUGGGGAAUAGUGGACACUAACAGCAGCCCCCCAAACAGAACGCUCUAAUAGAUUUGCAGCAUUUGCUCAUGACUCGGUCAGGAUAGCAAUACUUAUAUAAAAUAUGGACAAGCAACAAUGCAAUCAAUCAAUCAAUCAAUCAAUCAAUGUGAAGUGCUUUGGGUGUCUAGAAAAGCCCUAUAUAAAUGUAAUGAUUAUUAUUAUUAUUACGUGCAAUAAUGAUUAUGAAUGGGCAUAGGUAGAUAUUUCAGGUGACAGAAAUGAGCAAAAUGGGGUUACACUUUACACAAGUUCUUAGAUAAGACGUGAUUGUCUUCCUGCUAGCUUUCCAAUAUAUACAUUCAUCAGUCGUUUCAGGAAUUUGAAACACCUUAGCCCUUGCAAACUGGACUCAAGUCAACUUUGAAAACCUGUUUUCUAUCAGUGUAAGAAGUCAGUUAAUUGAAUCAUAUACAUGUUAACUGACCUUAAAGAGUUGGGAAUACUACCAACCAGUGCUGCAGAAUGUUAUACUUGUGCAAUAUCAAAAUCUUGGAGAAAAAAAAAAGAAGAAAAAAAGCUAACAUUAAACCCAACAAAUGCAAUGGAGA